GGUAAAGUGAGUGGGUACAGAGGACCAGUGAACAAUGAGCAUAAAGGACCAAAGGAACAGUGGGCACCACAAACCAGUGGCACAAUGGGUGCAGAGGACCAGUGGAACAGUGGGCACAGAGGACAAGAGGAACAGUAAAACAGUGGGUACGGAGGACCAGAGCAACAGUGGGCACAGAGGACCAGUGGAACAGUGGGAACAGCGAACCAGAGGAACAGUGGGCACAGAGGACCAGUGGAAUAGUGGGUACAGAGGACCAGAGGAACAGUGGGCACAGAAGACCAGUGGAACAGUGGGAACAGAGGACCAGAGGAACAGUGGGCAUAGAGGACCAGUGGAACAGUGGGUACAGACAAGCGGUGGAACAGUGGGUAUGGAGGACCAGUGGGUACAAGGGACCAGAGGAACAGAAACUAAAGAGGACCAGUGGAAACAGAGGACGAGAGCAACAGUGGGAACAGAGGAACAGUGGGUACAGAGGACCAGAGGAAGAGUGGGUACGGAGGACCAGAGUAACAAUGAGUACAGGGGACCAGAGGAACAAUGACACCAGAUAAACAGUGGGCACAGAGGACCAGUGGGUACAGAGGACAAGAGGAACAGUGAGAACAGAAGAACAGUGGGCACAGAGGAUCAGAGAAACAGUGGGUGAAAGCAUCAGUGGGUACAGAGGAUCGGUGGGUACAGAGGAGGCGAAGAACAGUGGGGACAGAGGAGGAGAGGAACAGUGGGGAAAGAGGAACAGUUGGUACAGAGGACUAGAGGAACAGUGGGUACAGAGGACCAGAGGAACAGUGGGUACAGAGGACCAGUGGGUACAGAGGAACAGCGGCUACGGAGGACCAGUGGGUACAGAGGAUCAAAGGGAAAAGAGGAACAGUGGGCAGAGAGAAGCAGAGGAACAGUGGGUACAGAUGACCAGAGGAACAGGGGGUACAGAAGACCAGUGGAAAAGUGAGUACAGAGGGCUAGAGGAGGUUUGGAUGUAGGGGAUUGGGAGAAUAGUGCGGAACAUGGGAAAAAAGGAUCAGAAAGAAGCUCCGAUUAUUAGGUUGCGAAGGUUGAUAUAUUUAGGUAUUUGCCUCUGGUCCUCUGUACCCACUUCUCCUCUGUUCACACUGUUCCUCUGGUCCUCUGUACGUUCUGGUCCUCUGAUCCUCUGUUCCGGUGGGUUCAGAGGACCAGAGGACUAGUAGCUAUAGAUGACCAGAGGACACAGAGGACCAGUGGGUGCAGAGGACAUGAGGAACAGUGGGUAAGAGGACCAUUGGGCACAGUGGACCUGAGGAACAGUGGGUGAGAGGACUAGUUGGUACAGGGGACCAGUGGGAACAGAGGACGGACAAGAGAAAUAGUGAGAACAGAGGAACAGUGGGAAAAAAGGACCAGAGAAACAGUGGGCCCACUGGAUCAGUAGGUACAGAGGACUAGAGGACCAGUGGGCACAGAGGACCAGAGGAACAGUUGGAACAGAGGACCAGAGGACCAGAGGACCAGUGGGUACAGAGGACCAGUGGGAACAGAGGACCAGAGGAACAGUGGGAACAGAAGACCAGAGGGUACAGAGGAUCAGAGGAACAGUGGGAACAGGGGAGGAGAGGAACGGUAGGAAUAGAGGACCAGUGGGAACAGAGGACGAGAGGAACAGUGGGAACAAAGGACCUGAGGAACAGUGGAAACAGAGGACCAGAGGGUAGAGAGGACCAGAGGAACAGUGGGUACAGAGGACCAGAGGAGCAAUGUGAAUAGAGGACCAGAGGAAUAGUGGGAACAAUGGACUAGAGGACCAGUGGGAACAGAGGACCGGAGGGUACAGAGGAUGAGAGGAACAGUGGGAACAGAAGAUCAGAGGAACGGAAGGAACAGAGGACCAGUGGGAACAGAGUACCAGAGGAACAGUGGGAAGGGAGGACCAGUGGGUACAGAGGACUAGAGGAACAGUGGGCACAGAGGACCAGUGGGUACAGAGGAGCAAAGGAACAGUGGGUACAGAAGACCAAUUGGUACAGAGGAACAGUGGGAUCAGAGGACCAGUGGGUACAGAGGACCAGAGCAAAAGUGGGAACAGAGGACAUGAAGAAACCAGAUGGGACAAUGUUAGAAGACACCCAAAAUUGUUGAAAUCCCAAGGGUGCAUUUAAAGUUAUUUCUAUAAGGUAGCGAAUCAUUUUCCAACUCUGAACCUUGUGUUUCUGUACUGUAUUUAAUGUUUUUUUCCUUUCAGUCACAACUCUAAAAGGCUGAGUUUA